AUGUAUUCGUUAAUUCGAAAUAAUGUAACUCAAAAACUCCAUCGAGAUUUUAUAUCAAUCUUUGGUUCUCUAUCUCGUUCAAUUAUAACUAAUGCACCUCCAUUGACUGAAACACGAAAGAAUGAUGGUGAUGAUCCGAAAAUAUCUAAUUCACAAUCAUCAUCAUCAUCAAAUAUAAAUAAAACAAUUGAUAAUAAAGUCCCAUGGAAAGCAAAUGUAGUUGAAAUGCCAAUUGCUAUGAAUCCACAAUAUAUAAUUGAUAAUUGUCGUGAACAUCGUGAAGGUGGUUUCUAUUAUGAUCAUCGAAUUAUAGUACCAGAAAUGCCAGAAAAAUAUACAGUUAAACCAUUUGAAACACGAAAAACAGGUGGAAAUCAUCCUGAUACUGGUCGUAAGGAAUAUCGUCGUGUCGGUGGUGGCUUAAAAAAGACUUGGUUAUGGAUUGAUACUAUGAGACAAGGACCAAAGAGUGGCCCUCCAUUAGUUGAACGUGUAAUUCGUAUUAUGAAUAGUGAUUGUCAUACAGCUAAAGUUGCUUUGAUUGGACACGGAAAUACACUUCGAUAUAUAUUAGCAACUGAAAAUCUUAAAGUUGGUGAUCUUGUUAAAACAUCUGGUGAAAUACCAAAAAAUCCUGUAAAAGCAAGUGAAGGUGAUGCAUAUCCAGUCGGUGCAUUACCAACUGGUACAAUAGUUAAUUGUGUUGAAAAUUAUCCAGGACAAGGUGCUAAAUAUGCAAUGAAUGCUGGUACAUUUGCAACAAUAAUGAAACGUGUUGAUAAUCGAUGUAUUUUACAGUUACCAACAAAACAUGAAAUAUCUAUACUUGAACAAUGCAUGGUUACUGUUGGUCGUUUAUCGAAUGUUGAACAUAAUGAAUUUAUUUAUGGUAAAGCUGGUGCUAAACGUUUAAUGGGUAUAAGACCAAAACUUGGUCUAUUUCAUCCAAAAACAGGUCGAUUUGGACGACGACCAUUUCGACCAAAACCUAUACUUGUUAUAACUGGUGAAAAACCAGAUUAUCCAAAUGUGAUUAAAUUACAACAUCCUUCACUUGAUUCUUAUAGAUAA